GUCCAUUUAAAAACAACUGAUCGUCCCUUGCUCUCAUUUAAUUCGUGGUGCGACGAUUUCACAGUUUGUGCUUUCUUGACGCUUUGAAAGUUUUCGACACGCAAAAAUUGGAGUUUUACUGGAGCUUACCUUCGUACUUAUAAGCACCUGCACCUUGAGUUAUGCAACUUGCCACACCACUAACUAGCCUCCUCCUUGGCGCUCUAUGCAUCGUGGUUGUAAGCACAGCAAGCAUACCUGAUGGCAACGUAACGGUCGACACCCUCGACGAAUCAACCGACACAUCGAUUUGCGAGGGAGAUGACCUUUGGUGUUGUCUGUGGUCAUGGGUACUCGACGAUGGAAAAAACUGCACGAAGAGUCAUGAAACCAACGAUGGCUCCGCCAUAGGACCGCCCGCUCCCCCUCCUCACAAAAAACCUCCCAAGGACCCCAAUCCACCCGUAGGACCGCCCCAGGCUCCUGUCCUACCACCAUCCCCUGGUGAUCCUCUUACAGUUUCCAUCAUCGACCCUGUCACAAUUUCCCCACCCCCUGAAGAUUCCGCUAACCCUUCUAGUAAAGAUGCGAAGGACGUGGAUGCCCAUAGCGAACCAGGGUCUAAUCUUGAGAACGUUCCGCAGAAAAGAGCUGUCGAGGAUGGUGUCUGGAUGGACCCCCUCCCGUACGAUAGUGAUAGUGCGGAAAAACGAACUACAGCAAUGGUAAUAAAUACCAGGAGACGUAGAUCUACGGACGCCGUGGAGGAUGAUGAUCCGAUGAUUCCGUGGGCUCCGGACGAAGAUAAAAGCACCGGGAACGAUGGAACGGCUGUGGAGUCUGCGAAUGUUGUCGCAGAAGAUGCCCAAGAGAACAAUUUGCCCAACACUCUAAUUGAUACGGCGGACUACGGAUCUCUUGACUCCGCUCUUGAUACGGCGACGACUAGCAAAAGGACAGUAUCCCGGCUCCGAAGGGAAUCUUGGAGACUAAGGAGGGGCACUAAUAAUGCAGCUGAGGUGGAUGAUAGUCCGAAUGCAGUGGAUGACGCAGAUGUAAGUUCAGAGACAAAGGUUGGUGAUAUUCCCGCAAGCUUGAUGGAUGACACAGAUGACAGUAUGUCGGAUGACUCAGAUGAUGAUUCGGUUGAUGGAGCGAAUGACAGUUCGGUGGAUGAGGUAGGUGAUAUUGGUCCAGGUUAUGGUGUUAGUGGGGUAUACCGGCUCCGAAGGGAAUCCAGGAUUCGACGACUACGGAGGGACACCGAUGAUGCAACUGAGGUGGAUAAUAUUCCGAAUGCAGUGGGUAACAAUCCGGUGGAUGACGCAGAUGAAAGUUCGGAGAAAGAGAUUGGUGAUAUUCCCGCAAGCUCGAUGGAUAACACCGGUGACAGUAAGACGGAUGAGGCAGAUGACCGUUCGGUUGAUGAAGCAAGUGACAGUUUGGUAAAUGAGACGGACGAUAGUCUUGCCAGCUCGGUAGAUGACACAAAUGAAGACGGUGAUGAGGGAGAUGAAAGUUCAGAGGAAGAGGUUGGUGGCAUUUCCGCAAGCUCGAUGGAUGACACAGAUGACAGUAAGAUGGAUGAGGUAGAUGACAGUUCGGUUGAUGAAGCGAGUGACAAUUUGGCGGAUGAGGUAGGUGAUAUCGAUCCUAUCUCGACGGAAUUUACAGACGAUAAAGUAGACGAUCCAACAGAAGCUGACAAUCCAACAGAAGCGGACAAUCCAACAGAAGUAGAAUCGGAAAGUACGAUUAAGGAUGCUCUGGAUCAAGCCAACAUCAACAAAAGGUCGAUAACCGUCGGAGGAGAUGAACCCUACGAUUGGUCCGGCACUGACGUCUACAGACGGAGGCGAGCAACCUCUGAUGCAGAAACCACACCCGCGGGUGCAUCGGUUUCCGAUCUGCCCGAUUUGGAUGUAAGUUCUCCCGCCUCGAUGGACCAACCAGUCGACGUUAGCGAAGAUCCUGCUUCGGAAGAUACCACCGAAGACGAGGACGAUUGCAUUCCUCUAUCAGGGACGGAGUAUGAAUAUGCGUUCCAGCCUGAUCUGGACCAAAGUAAAAUCUGUAAGAGGUCAGUACUUUAUACAGGAACACCAUCUGAUUCGAGUUUUUAUGAUACAUAUGACUACCGACGUAGGAGGGACCCUGAUGGUGUAGUACCUACAUCUACCGGCUCUUCGGAUCCUAAUCCGACUAAUGCAGUAGACGAUUCGGCUGCUGCAUUAGUAGAAUCAGAAGGCGUUGAGGGAGACACAGCAAUGGGUGCUGUAGACAAUGAAGUGAACGAUCCCGAAAUUGCUCUUUCGUCCUCAAAAGACCUUACAAGCCCUAGUGAGUAUGGUGAGAAAAUGUAUACAAUACUUUACAGACGAAGAAGAGAAACCGAUGACGUUCCUACUGCAUCUACAGAUUCAUCGGACUCGAAUCAAAAAGAUUUAGAAUAUGGCUCAACGGAGCAAACAGAUGACGCUGUAAAAGACUCUGCUGACGAUAAUACAAACACCCCGGCAAUCAGUGUUUUUGAUUUUCGUACAAAUACUCAAUACGACAAGGAGGUUGAGUCGGAUUCUGACGAAGGAGGCAUCAGUAAAAGGUCGGUUAUCUACGCAGGAAGUCCUUACGGGCCCAUCGCUGGUCCUUAUGGGUCCAUUGCGGAUCCUUACGGGUGUAUGGGAAUACUCUACAGGCGAAGAAGAGACACUGCCCAAGCGGCAGCUUCAUCAACAGACCCAUUAGAUGGCAAUCAAGAAAUAUCGGAGGACAGUCUCUCUGCAUCAGUAGAGCAGACUGAUGAUGCCUCAGAAAACCUCGCACUGGGUGCUGCCAACGACGACGUGUCGGAUAAUCCAGCGAUCACGUGGUCAGACCCUGAGGGUGAGCCAAACGAUAACGAAGGAAGUAGCUCAGACUCCAAUCAGGUGCAGAAGAGAGACACUAUUGAUGAUUAUUGGGGGUUAGCUGCUACCGCUCGAAUGAGCAGGCGCAAAAGAGCUUCAGAGGACGACACCUACUAUAAGCCGGAAGGCCGUUGGAUAGACCUAGAUUCAUUGGAAGAUUCAAUGAAUAUUGGUUUAUCUGCUUCCGAAUUGGUAGAGGAAACACGUGAAGAUCCUACUUGGUCGUAUGAAACCGAGGUAUCGAACUUAUCGGGCGAAGCUAGUGACGUCAUGGGAGAUCCUGCCUCCACAUUGGCAGAAGGAAAGAGAAUUGCGAGGCGGAUAAAGCGUAAGAUUAAGAGAGACACCCCGGAAUCGACUCUGUAUGAGCAACCGUACGACUCUGUCGAUACAUUUGGGCCAAACACGAUCGCUCCUUGGACUCCAUAUCCAUAUGAGAGUGGCUGGCUUUAUAAUCGCAUGGAGCCGUCGAGCCUGGAUCGCGACAUUCCUGAAACAACCCCACCCGAGCUGUAAUUUUACUCCGUGGAUAGCGAUUUGUGACAAAAAAAAACUGAUUGUUCGAAAGUAAACAGGAUUUUUACUACAUCUCAAGUAGCAUGAAAUAUGAUAGAUGCUCUGCAGCCCGUGACAAGAUAUACGAUAAAAAAAUAAUUUAUAAA